AUGGCUUCUAAGUUGUUGUUCCUGGCCUUGGCGAGUAGUCUGGCUGUAGCCAGUUCUACUCCCCAGGACAUAAAUGAUAGCCUGGUUGCUUCUCAGAUCGUGAAUGACCCCUACGCCUAUGACUUUCCUCGUCUGGGCUCCGAUGGAGCUGGUUUCUUCCCGAUGCGUCUGUGUAAUGGCUUCAAGCUCGAGGAAGCCAGCAUUGAUGCCAUCCAAGAGCAGCUUGCAGGGGGUCAUUUGACCAGUGUCCAGCUGCUACAGUGCUAUCUGGAGCGGGUUUACCAGACCGACCCGUACCUCAGAGCUAUUUUGCAAAUCAACCCAGAUGCUUUCCGCAUUGCCGAGGCCCUCGAUGCCGAACGCGCGGCGGGUAGAGUUCGUGGCCCGCUUCAUGGAAUCCCAUUUAUUGUGAAGGACAACAUUGCCAGCAAGGAUCGCAUGGAGACCACGGCCGGUAGCUGGGCGCUCCUGGGAUCCGUCGUCCCCCGUGACUCUCACGUUGUCCAUAAACUGCGCACCGCUGGCGCUCUGCUCAUGGGCAAGGCUGCUCUGAGUGAGUGGGCCGACAUGCGCUCCAACAACUACUCGGAGGGCUUCACCCCUCGGGGCGGCCAAUGCCGUAGCGCCUACAAUCUGACUGUGAACCCUGGCGGAAGCAGCUCCGGUUCUGGCGUCGCCGUCGGCGCGAACUUGGUUCCAUUUGCGCUGGGAACUGAGACGGACGGUAGUGUGAUCAACCCGGCACAGCGAAACUCUAUUGUUGGCAUCAAGCCGACAGUUGGUCUGACCUCCCGCGCGGGUGUUGUUCCCGAGUCCACGCACCAGGAUACAGUAGGCACCUUUGGAAAGACAGUCCGUGACGCGGUCUAUGCCCUGGAUGCCAUCUACGGUGUCGAUCGUCAUGAUAAUUACACCAGUGCCCAGUGUGGGCUGACUCCGAAGGGCGGCUAUGCGCCGUACCUCUCCGACAUGUCCGCUCUCAAGGGCGCGGUAUUUGGCCUCCCCUGGGAGUCCUUCUGGAGCCUCGGUGAUCCCGAACAGAUCAGCCAAUUGCUGGAGCUGGUGGAUCUGAUCAAGGCGGCCGGUGCCACGGUGAUUAACGGAACCGAGAUCCCCCAUUACAAGACGAUUGUCUCUCCGGACGGAUUCAACUGGGACUAUGGCACGACCCGCGGGUUCCCCAACGAGUCAGAAUACACCUACAUCAAGGUCGAUUUCUACAACAACCUGAAAGACUAUCUGGCUGAGGUGCAAAACACAAAUAUCAAGUCUGUUGAAGAUCUCGUCCAGUAUAACAUUGAUAAUUAUGGCUCUGAGGGCGGAUACCCUGGUAUCCAUCCCGCCUUUGGCUCCGGACAGGAUGGCUUGGUUGCAUCCUUGGAAAGCAAGGGAAUAAUGGACGAGACGUACUUCCAGGCCUUGGAAUUCUGCCGUCGCACGACUCGCGAGGAGGGAAUCGACGCCGCUUUGAAGUAUAAGAACCAGACUCUUGACGGACUACUGGUGCCUCCCGAUGUUGCGCAGAGCAUCCAGAUCGCAGCUCAGGCUGGAUACCCUGUAAUUACUGUUCCGGCUGGUGUGGGCAGGGAGUCGGGCAUGCCUUAUGGACUGGCUAUUAUGAACACUGCCUUCUCCGAGCCGAAGUUGAUCACGUAUGCCAGUGCCAUCGAGGACCUGCAGAAGAGCACGAAGACCAAGUGGCAGCGUUCUCUGCCUGAGUGGCGCGGCUACUUGACCCGCAACCUUCCCGUCAUUAUGUGA